AUGGCCACAGAAGCAGAAGUAAAUACCGACACUUCCGAGUCAGGUGACGUCGCUGGCCCGGCUGUUUCUGACCCAAGUCAGACCAAAGAGAACACGGAGAAUACAGAAAAAGACUCGGAGAAUCAAAACUCUUCCGAAUCCAACACAACUGCCAACCAGCCAGAAACCAAGUCCGUUUCUUCCGGUUCAACUACCACAGGAGAGUCUCACCAACAAAACGAUAAUGCUGCCGCAAAUUGGGAAGUUCGAAUGUCUCGCUCGCGCAAGAUAGCCUACUAUUACAAUCGGGUAACCAAAGAAUCGACCUGGGAAAUCCCCCAAGGCAUUGACCCGACUAAGAUCAAAGGGUAUGGAGAGCAGAGGGACGGCAAUCCCCAAGAAAGUGGGGCGGGACAAAUACGUGCAAGUCAUUUGUUGGUCAAGCACAUUGAAAGCAGACGACCGAGUUCUUGGAAGGAGGUGAGAAUAACCCGUACAAAGGAGCAGGCCUUGGCUCUAAUUCUCGCCUACCGCGAGCGUAUUGAGAAAGGCGAAACUACUCUCGCCGAAUUGGCCAUCACUGAAUCAGACUGCUCCAGCUCCAAGCGCGGUGGCGAUCUCGGCUUUUUCGGCCGUGGACAGAUGCAGCCCAGUUUUGAGGAAGCGGCGUUCAAGUUAGAAGUCGAUCAGCUUUCGGAGCCUGUUUGGAGUGACAGCGGGGUGCAUUUGAUUUUGAGAACACAAUAA